AUGCUGACCUGCGGCCGCUUUAUCUCUUCCUCCUCCGCUGCUACCAGCACCGCAUCCUUCUCCCCGUUUCGGACUCUCACCCGCUCUCUCCUUCGCCGCCCCGCUCCCCGCCUCCUCUCCUCUGCCUCCGCCGCCGCCGCCACCGCCGUCGAACCCGACACCAAAGGCGGCGGUGGCGCGGGAGGCGGUGCCGGUGUGGUGAGGCCGCAGUGGAAGGCGGCGAUUGAUUUCAAAUGGAUCCGGGAUAACCGGGACGCCGUCGCCGACAACAUCCGGAGCCGGAACUCCACCGCCAAUCUGGACCUCAUCCUCGAGCUUUACGACCAGUACCUCGCACUGCAAAAGGAGGUUGAACGGCUCCGAGCUGAAAGAAAUGCAGUUGCUAACAAGAUAAAAGGGAAACUAGACCCAUCUGUACGCCAAGCCCUUGUUGAAGAAGGUAAGAACCUGAAAGAUGGGCUUAUAGCACUUGAGGAGGAUCUUGUUCAGCUGACAGAUAAGCUUCAACUUGAAGCUCAAAGUAUUCCUAACACUACCCAUCCAGAUGUUCCUGUUGGGGGUGAGGAAAGCUCUGUCCUCAGGAAAGAGGUAGGCAGUCAGAGGAGCUUCACUUUUGCAAUCAAAGAUCAUCUUCAGCUGGGGAAGGAACUUGAUUUGUUUGACUUUGAUGCAGCAGCCGAGGUCAGUGGUUCGAAGUUCUACUACUUAAAGAAUGAAGCUGUUUUGCUGGAGAUGGCCCUAGUAAAUUUGGCUAUUUCAGAGGUCUCCAAGAAGGGUUUCACACCACUUAUAACUCCAGAGAUUGUAAGAUCAUCUGUUGUUGAGAAAUGUGGCUUCCAGCCAAGGGCUCAAAAUACUCAGGUCUACUCAAUUGAGGACAGUGAUCAGUGUCUCAUAGGCACUGCUGAAAUUCCUGUUGGAGGCAUCCACAUGGACUCAAUACUUGCCGAAUCUGCUUUGCCUUUAAAAUAUGUAGCAUAUUCACACUGUUUUCGUACAGAAGCUGGUGCAGCAGGUGCUGCCACUAGGGGCCUCUAUCGGGUACAUCAAUUUAGCAAGGUUGAGAUGUUCAUAUUCUGUCGACCAGAGGAAAGUGACAAAUUGCAUGAAGAACUUAUUACAAUUGAAGAGGAUCUUUAUGCAUCACUCGGACUUCAUUUCAAAACUCUGGAUAUGGCAACUGGGGAUCUGGGUGCACCAGCCUACCGAAAAUUUGACAUCGAGGCGUGGAUGCCAGGCCUAGAGCGAUACGGUGAGAUCUCCAGUGCGUCCAAUUGUACCGACUACCAAAGUAGGCGACUUGGCAUCCGUUACCGUCCAUCACCCUCAGAGCCUCCAUCAACGAACACCAAGAAAGGGAAGGGAGCUGGCUCAGGCCCUACGCAGUUUGUCCACACACUCAACGCAACAGCAGUAGCAGUGCCUCGUCUGAUAGUAUGCAUUCUAGAGAAUUUUCAGCAGGAUGAUGGGUCGAUUGUGGUUCCAGAGCCGCUAAGACCCUAUAUGGGUGGAGUUGAGGUGCUCUCCCCAAAAUUCAAGUCUACAGUCACCCACGGUUGA